AUGGAAACAGCUAAAUUUCCAUUUGAGAUUGUGAACAUCGACAAACUGACAUAUGACGGUAAAAGCUUCUUAUUAUUAGAAGAUAGCCUGACUAGGUACAUAUGGGUAACACCAUUAAAGACGGAAGAAGUCUACAAUGAUAUGCACCAAUUUCUCCACGCCAAUCCCACACCAGAAAAGAUCAUAACUGAUAACGAACAAACCUUCAAAACAUACCAUCCUGAAAGCAACGGCAUCGCCGAAAGAGUAAUCAAAACUCUCAAAGGUUUAGCAGAUGCUUUAGACCACGAAGAUCCAGUAGUCAGGAUCCUCAGGGCUGUCAAGAACUAUAAUCAAAGUCCUCAUACCACAACAACUUACACGCCAGAAGAAUUACUAUACACAAUCUCAAAACGGACAACAGAGACGCAAGAAGAAAUCAACGAACGCAGAAAGGAAAGAAAUUUAUCACAAUUACAGGACGCACGAGAGAAAAUUGCCCAAGCAAAAGAAGUGAACCAAAAGAAGAAAAAAGAACAGGCAAAGAAGAAGAUUACCAAAUAG